GUUGUCCCUAAACAGGAGGCUCAACAGUUCCAGGAAAGACUCCAUGUGAAGACCGUGCUAGUGAGUGAUCUACAUGAAUGAUAAGCUCAUGAGGUUUUAAGUACUGUAUACAUUUAGGUUUCAGGCAUUAUUGUAUGAUAUGUACAAGUCUUCUUACAAUAAAUUGCCCAAUUGUUAUCACUUUUGCUUGAGUUUGCUGUUGCUCUGUUAUUGUCUUUACUCAGAUUUGUUGGUUUCUUUUACUUUAGAUUCCUUUUGUGUUUGUUUAGAUUCUGUUUUAGCACCUAAUACCAAACCAUACUCCACUUUAUUAAUAUUAUCUACAUGUACUAUACAUAUGUAUUAUAUGUUCAGUGACUUUUCUUAAUGCAUUUGCAGGUGCAUCCAAAUGGCAAGACUUUGGAGGGUUGCUUCAACUUGCAGGCGCCCCGGGCGAUGACGUAACUCUUAUAUGAAGUAUUGACUCAGUGUAGAUCAGACAAACAUUAGCUAUUGAGCAUAUUGUUGGAAGCUUGGCAAAAAGCAUAGCAUCGGCGCAGCUGGAGUGACAUGGAACUCCAGUUCCAGACAACCAACAAGUCGAGAAGUAGCAGCAGCGGCAGCAGAGGCGGAAACAAGAACAAGUUUGUCGGGGUUAGACAAAGGCCUUCGGGUAAAUGGGUAGCAGAAAUCAAGAACACCACACAGAAGAUCAGGAUGUGGUUGGGGACAUUUGACACUGCUGAAGAGGCUGCUCAGGCUUACGACGAGGCUGCAUUCCUCCUACGUGGAUCAAACACGCGCACCAAUUUCUUCAACGGCAUGCCCUGCAACCCGGCCCUCUCUCUCAAGAUCCGGAACCUUCUCAAUCAUAAGCGAAGCUUGAAUAAGCCCAGGCCUACCUGUUCUCCCCCUCCGGCUUCCUCCUCCAACCGGAAGAGUUUCAGCAACCAAGAAACCAGUUCUAAGGUUGCUUCUUCCCCGAGUAGCGACUCGCAAGGUAGUAAUGAUGGAAGCUUUGGAACAGGUAGCUCUCAUGGCAGUGGUUUGACUCCUUCAUCUAUCAAUGAGGAUUCGUAUAAGCCGGACUUGAGCUUUUGCUCGUCUCGGCUCGUUAGUUGCUUCAAUCAACCUGCCAUUGUCAGUAUGGAUUUCGACAAGAUUCCUCUCCCUCAUGACAGCCUUUAUGUGCCAAAAGGAAUGAAUGAGGUGCAGUUCCCGGAUUUCGAACAGAUGAAGGUUGAAAGACAGAUAUCAGCGUCGCUAUACGCCAUGAAUGGGAUCAACGAAUAUUGGGAGAAUACCAGCGUCGACUGCAACGAUCCUUUCUGGGAUUUCCCUCUUCUAUCCCAAAUGUUCUGUCAAAGUUAGUUUCUUGUUUAGUGUGUGUAAUGCAGCUCGAGAGAGUCGGAGAAAAUCCAUUGAAAACAUCCCGGAAAACGGCGAUCUUGCUUCAUCUUUAUAUUAGAAGCAUGUAGUGAAAUGAGUUUCUUCUGUCAUUCUUAUGAUAUGCAGUGAAUGGAUGUUCAUUAGCAGCCAUGGAUGUCCUUUUUAUAGAUCAUCUGCUGAGCAAAACCUUUUUUAUAAAUCUGUAAGGAGACUUACUUUGAUGAAUGG